AUAUCCUGGGAUGCUCCUGUGAAGGAGUCAGGCUCUGAAUGUGAGGCCUGCCUAUCCUUCACUGUUUGAGCAGCGCUGCAGGAGUGCAACUUGGAAACCACAAGGAAGCAAAACGACUCUCCCCCACAGACAGUACACUUAACACUGCUCUGUCUUUUAAGAAGGUGAAAGAAUGCCCUACUUCCAGGGCUCAGCCCUCUGAAAAGGAUGGGUUUGUGAAGGACUGGGGAGGGAGGGUGCUAAUAAGGCUUUCUACUAAACCCACCAGUGGUACAGCAGCACCCCUGGUGUGGAUACGUUUAACUAGAGCUGGAAGAGGGACUCUGGCUGUCAGCUGGGACAACUACGAUGACAAGCUGGAAACAGCAGUACCUAGUUGCCCUUUCCUUGAGAAACACUUCUUCCUUUUGGCUGUUUCUUGGUUUAUGUUGUUUUUAAGGAAAGUCAGACCUUCCGUUUCACCUUGGCAAGUGGUGGGGUGACUGUGACGGACUCCUCAGAGCACGGGAGCUGAUGCCAAUGGCUGCCUUCUUCCCUUGGCUGCAUUCUGCUUUCACAGGCCAAGCUGCACCAGGGCUGACUGAGCCUUAGCCUCAGAAGAGGUGCUUCAUCUGUGUUACUCCACCCACGUGCAAAACAAAGUGUUCCCCCUCCUUCUAAUUCCCAUUAUGUGGGAGAAGGAACGGAGGUGACCACUGAGGGGCUGCUCCCUGGUCUAGCAGAGGAAGACUGGUUCCUCAUCUCAUUACUCUACCCACCAAGCCAACCAACUGGUACACAGAGUAAGGCCUUCGCAGGAGGAAAACUGAGGUGGGGUCUGGUCAAGGAUCGGGAGCGAAGUGAUAUUAGAAAAUGCUUCAUGGAUUGAAAAAUCUCAGAUCCUGAAUAGAGAAUAAAAAAAACCUUCAGGAAGCCUGGCUAGCAGCUCACCGCCAGGAGCUCAGGGCAUUCACAAGGAAGAUGGUGUGUGACUGGCUCAAUGGGCAAGCGCAGACUGAAGUACAGCAACCUAAAACUGUUUCAAGCAGUUUUGUCUUAGGAGCUACCUCAACCACCCUGACAUUUUGGAAAAUACAGGCUGGAUACAGCAGGACACAACUCUCAAAGGGUAAAGCCAAGUAAACCGAAGUUUAAAAAGUGACACAUAUAUACACGGAAGAAUCUUGGAGAGAGAAGCUACUGAAGACAAACCCUUUAUGGAAAAAACGAAGGGUAUACAUAGAGGCAAAUGGGAGACCGAGGAAAUCCCUGUGCCUGGAGGAGGGCAGCAGGAUCUGAAGGCAGUUCUGAAGCCUGGAAAGUGUCACUACCGAGCAAAAGUAACAGAAAAGGGGUACUACCCAUGCCUUCUGCUUACAUCUCUGAGCACAAAACUACCACACUGCUCUUUAUAGACAAACCUUUUCCUACAAAGAGCAGAGCAAAAGACUCCUAUUGAUGUCCCAGAAAAUAAAAACAGACACUAUUUACAAUUAGAGUCCUUCCCAGUGACAAGAGACUUGCAGGCCCAGACGGAGGUGGUCUAGCCAGUACCACGAAUGAAAACGCCAAAAGAGCUCUCUGCCUAAUGCCAUUGUCAGCUAAAAGCAAAGAAAUCCCUUUUAAGGAAGCUAUUUAACUUCAAUACGCUGCUUCUCUGCCAAGAUCUUCAAUUCCUCUGAACAUAAGCCGAGCCACACACUGCUGCACGUAUGUCUGGGCCUGGACCUCCCCCCUCCUCAGAGCGGCAGCACCAGUUGUUGGCCAAAAAUAAACACCAUUCCUCAACCAUAUAUGUCCACCAGCCCAGAGCUGGGGAGGAGCAGCAGGAGGUAGGUCAGGUCCCCGGGCUCCAGUCAUACUCUGUGUGGCCGCUGCACACCAUGCACAUCACCCAGCUCAACCGGGAGUGCCUGCUGCACCUCUUCUCCUUCCUGGACAAGGACAGCAGGAAGAACCUCGCCAGGACCUGCCCCCAGUUCCAGGACGUGUUUGAGGACCCCGCACUCUGGCCCCUGCUGCACUUCCGUUCCCUCACAGAACUCAAGAAGGACAACUUCCUCCUGAGCCCAGCCCUCAGGAGCCUCUCCAUCUGCUGGCACUCCAGCCGCGUGCAGGUGUGCAGCAUUGAGGACUGGCUCAAGAGCGCCCUCCAGAGGAGCAUCUGCAGCCGGCACGAGAGCCUGGUCAAUGAUUUCCUCCUCCAGGUGUGCGACAGGUGCCCCAACCUGGCAUCCGUCACGCUAUCGGGCUGCGGUCACGUCACCGACGACUGCCUAGUGCGUCUGCUCCUCUCCUGCCCGCGCCUGCGCGCGCUGCGCCUGGAGAAUUGCGCGCGCGUCACCAACCGCACGCUGACAGCCGUGGCGGCGCACGGGCGCGCGCUGCAGACGCUGCACGUGGACUUCUGCCGCAACGUGAGCGCGGCUGGCCUGCGCCGCCUGCGCGCCGCGUGCCCGCGCCUGACGCUGCGCGCCGAGCACAGCGCAGCCAUGAUCCCAGACCAGCUCCCGCGCGGCCCGCAAGCGCCCGGGGCCGCUUUCCGCAAACUGCUGCAACGCUAGCUGGGCACCUCUCCGCUGGGAGGACACCCUCCUCGGGCGUCCCGGCGGAAGGAGCGACCUGGCUUGAACUCCAGCUCCUAGACAGCCGCCACAUCCUCAUCCAAGACGAGGAUACGAGCGCCUACCUCACGUGAUUUUAUACACAGGCUAAGCGGGAAAUUUGAUGGCCCGAUGCUUGGAAAACACUCCAGUGUUUAUCUCACUAAACACCAGCACCCUUCCCCGUCUCUCCCGCGUACCGCAUUCUCCGCCUGGCGCCGCCCGUAGCUGCAGGAGGCCCUACCCAACACCAACGAGUUUGGUGAUCUAAAUAACCUGGCGGGGAGGCGUGGCCACCCGGGGCUACCCCGCAGCGCGCGGGGCGGGCCACCCCGGGAAAAGCGCGCAGUGAAACCCCCGGGCCCUUGGAGGGUCUAGGUGGUGCGCCAGCGGGAAGAGGGAAGGAACCCCUGGCGCAGGGACCGAGACAGCCAUCGAACUGAGGCUUUGCUUUACAGCCACCCCAGCGUGCUCGCCUUUUUUCCGGGCAGAUGCAUUUCUAGGAGGGACUGCAAACAAGGUUCCAGAAAACUCUCUCGUUGAUGUGCUUCUUUCAUAAACAGCCGUUUUUAUCCUUA